AUUAUACACGGAUCAAAUUAUAAUUUAAAUGCGUAUGUGGGUUUAGUUGGACCAGAAAAUGAAAUAUAUGACAUAGCAACAGUGAAUUUAGAAUUAGAUACAGAGCUCAUGGUAUUAACUUUGAAUCGUUCAACUGUUAUUGGUGAAUACAAUUUAACAAUGCAUUAUUCUGGUGUUAUUGAAACUGAAAUUGGUGGUUAUUAUCGAAUUUCGUAUAAAUCACCAAAUUCACAUAAUAUCAGUUGGUUAGCACUUACUGAUUUUAAACCAGAUAAGGCGCAUUUACUAUUUCCAUGCUUUGAUCAUCCUAUGUUCAAGGCAACAUUUUCAUUAGUAUUUGGGCUAUUAGAUAGUAAAUCAUUCACUAUUUCGAAUAUGGGAAAAGUUGAGCAGCGUUGGAGAAGGAAAAGAGAAAUUGGAAUCCGAAAUAUAACCGACAUGGAGGUGUACAGUUGGGAUCAUUACGAUACCACUCCAUUAAUCACAACGUUGGGUUUGGCAUUUAUAGCUGUAACAAAUAAGGACGAUUUUGGUUUUAAAGAUAAAAAUUUUGUUCAUUAUUUUUAUCGCAAACAUUUGUCAAAAGAAAUGGAGUUUGCUAUGGACAUGACUAACGCAAUUGUGGGUUAUUUUGAAGCCUAUUUCAACUCUUUAUAUUCUUUACCAAAUCUACAUAUAUUUGCUGUACCAAAUUUAAAUAAAUAUGGCGUUGGAUCAUGGGGAAUAAUUUUACUAAGUGAAAGUCAAAUCUUAAACGAUCCAAAAGGUGUGAAUCCUAAUAAAGCAAUGUAUCCAAUAGAGCAACGAAAACAAGUAAUAUUAAAUUUAUCACAUAAAUUAGUGAGUCAAUGGUUUGGGACAAGUGUCACAAUGUCUGAUAUAACGGAGGAUUGGAUUUUUGAAGGCUUUGCACUUUAUAUGAAAUAUCGUGCAUUGAACAGUAUAUCAAAAGAUGAAUGGAAUGAUCCUGGUCAUUUUAAUGUUGAGAUUAUGCAACCAUUAUUAUUAAUGGAAUCAUUAAUACCAACAGUCAAAUACCAUGAAAAUCAUGAAUAUGUUCCAGAUGCAGCUAAAGGAGCUGUGUUAAUGCGUAUGAUGGAAAAUAUGAUAACAAAAGAAACAUUUGAUAGUGCAAUAAUGAAAUUAACGGAUAAUAAAAAGUUGCAAGUUGCUGGUUUUAUGGAUAUUUGUGAACUUUUAUCUGACGAAGCUCAAACGAAACAAACAUUGAGUCAGGAUUUAAAUUUAUGUGAUUUUCUUAAACCUUAUGUUAAACAACGAGGCUAUCCUGUUUUGAAGUUAAGUCGCAAUUACGUUACAAACGGAGCUAUGAUUACACAACAACAAUUUAUUUUAGGCAAUCAAAUUGCAGAAAAGUUUUCAGAAUCAAAUGAUUCAUUGAAAAAUGACGAACAGAUGUGGGUUGUUCCUACAAGCAUUAUAAAUAAAGGUUGCGGUGCUACUGGUACUCAACCCAAAACAUGGAUGCCCCAAAAGGAAGAAUUUUCGGUUGGUAUUUUGACAUCAAACGAUUGGGCACUGUUGAAUAACGGAGGAACUGGAUUAUAUCGUGUUAAUUACGAUAAACGUAAUUGGGAUAUGAUCAAAAAACAAUUAAACACAAAUUAUGAAGAAAUUGCAACAGUAAAUCGAGCCCAAAUUAUUGAUGAUGUUUUAAAUUUAGCCCGCGCUAAUAUGGUAGAUUAUUAUUUAGCAUUUGAAAUAAUUAAAUACUUGCCUAAAGAAGUAGAAAAUAUACCAUGGGCAGCAGCUCUAAAUAAUUUUGAAUUUUUCGACAUGAUGCUCAUAAAAACACCACAGUAUGGCACUUUUAAGAAAUUUGUUUCAAUUUUAAUAGCUGAUGUUUAUCAGAGUCAUUGUGAUGAGAAAAAAGAAUCAGACGAAGAUACAUAUGCAGUACAAUUACAUAAUCUAAUUGGUCAAUGGGCAUGUCAUCUGGAUCAUCCCGCUUGUACUCAGUAUAGUAUUCGAGAGUUUUAUGCAUUUAAAGCAAACCCGCAACACAAUUCUAUUUCAGUUGAAGAACGAUAUAUGGUUUAUUGCACAGCCAUAAGAAGUACCACAUAUGCAGAAUGGAAUUUCUUGUGGAAACAAUACUUAGCAAGUGAUAAUCAAUUCGAAAAAGAAUUGAUUUUAAAAUCAUUAGCAUGCACUUACGAUCCAUGGAUUAUUGAAUGGUAUUUAUGGCAUAUUGUAUCGCCUAACACUGAUGAAAUUUUAAUUCAACCAAUCCAUUACGCUAUUAUAAUUGAACAUUUGGCAAAAAAUCCAGUUGCCUCUAGUGUCGUUAUAGACAAAUUAUUAAAACAUUGGAAGACAUUCCGUAAAUUAUCACGGUCAAAUACUAUAUUAGCACAUAUGAUAAAAAGUACAUUUUUUUAUAUGAAUACUGAACCAGAAUAUGAUUUGUUUAAAAACUGGUCUCGAAACAAUGGUGACAAAAUGAAAGAAGACUACGAGUUAUUUCAACAUAUAGAAGCAGCAAUUGAAAAUAACAUAUUUUUCAUGAAAACAUAUAUGUGGCAAGUUGUAACAUGGAUGCAAAGCUACGUGCAAAAUAAUACGCACAGACUUCCAGUUUCUUGUGAUGAAGAACAAAAUCACCCUGGUUUUGGUAGUGGUCCAAAUAAAAUUUUGGGUGGUUCACCAUUUGAUUCUACAAAUAAUGACACUUUCAAACCAUUUGAUUCAAAUAGAACCUUACCGGAAUCGCCAUUCACGAAUCCUCCUGGUUCCUUUCCACCGAAUAUCGUACAUUCACCAGAGUCACCACGGUCACCAUUAAAUGUGGUAAUCGACGAAUUCAGUUCAACCAAAGUCAGGCAAGCUCCUAUAAGUUCAACCACACCCAGACAAGCUCCAGAUAUAAUGCCAUCAAAACUUAAUACAAAUGAUCUAGAACCGCAGCCAAAACUUCUGGACCAAAAUCAACAAAAUGCAUCGGAACCAAAACCAUCGGAACAAGUUCAGCAAAGGCAAAUGGAGAGCUCUGACAAACUGGUUCCGAGUAAUGCCUAUUCAUCGGAAAAUGAAAGAUCACAAAAGCCAAGCGCAAACAAUCCAGAAGGACCCAAAAUCCAAAAAGAUGAUAAAUUUUUACCAUUAGAUCAAAGAUCAGAUUUAGAAAAAUUUGUUAAUGAUUUAACACAAACUAUUCCUGACAAGAAGAAAGGAAGGACAAACGAUGGUCGAGAGCAAGAUAAAGAAACAACAGUAAUAGAAGAUGAAUUCGAAGGUGGUAUAAAAGAGAAGAAAAGCAUAGAAGCGAAGAAUAGUACACUGUCUAGUAGUGAUCAUGUGUGAUGUAAAAUUAAUGAAUGGGGUUAAUAUGAUGUUUAAAAAUCUGUCAACUUUUGUAUGAAAAUGUGUAACCAAAUAAAACUGCAAUAAAUUUC